ACCCCGCUCAGCAGCAUGAAGGUCAUCAUCGUCGCCCUGGCCUUCGUUGCCACCGUCGCAGCGCUCCCCUCCACGGAGCGCAGUGCGAGAGACCUCUUCAGUGUCGAGUCGUACGCGAGCCAGCCCUCGAAGUACUUCCGCAACUACAUGGACUUCGAAGGCGCCGACAUCUACCCCGACACCUACUACCCUGGUUCAGUCUACCCCGACGGGCUCUACCCCAGCAGCUCGUAUCCCAAGAAAUUCAGCUACGAGAGCUACCCCAAGAGCUUUGGCUUCGAGAGGUUUAAGCGGGAGCUGAUCGGCACGGAGUUCAAGGACAUGGACACCGAGAAAUGGCUGGUGGUGAUACGACGGGCGCUGGGCGAGCUCUUCGCUACCGCUACUCUCAUCUUCAUCGGGUGCAUGGGGCUGGUAGGCGGGCUUUCAAAAACUCCCGACCACUUUUCCGUCGCCUUCAACUUCGGUAUUGCCGUCAUGGCCGGACUCAUUACCUUCAGCCACGUAUCCGGCGCGCACAUGAACCCCGGCCUCUCGCUCACCGCCAUGAUCCUGGGCAAGCUAUCUCUGCCCAUGUGGUUUAUCUACACCAUCUUCCAGUGCCUGGGCGCCGUACUUGGAUUCUCCAUUCUCUACGGUAUCACACCGUCCAACGCUUUCGUCACAAACCCCGACAAGCCGAUGCCAAACUUGUGCUGCAAUGCACCCAACCCAAUGCUGUCCGGCAGCCAGCAGUUCUGGUCCGAAUUCAUUUUCUCUGCCCUGCUCAGUUUGCUCGCCUGCGCUGUCUGGGACAGAAGAAACCUGGACAAGCACGACUCAGUAUCUCUGCGAUUCGGUUUGGGAGUCUUCGCCAUCGCAUAUGGAGGAGUCCAGUACUCUGGAUGCAGCAUGAACCCUGCCAGGACCUUUGGCCCUGCCGUUGUCUGGAACUAUUGGGACAAUCAUUGGCUCUAUUGGGUCGCUCCAAUGUUGGCGAACCUCGUGGUUGCUUCCUUCUACAGGAUCGUUUUCCCAGAGCCCAAGCCCCAGCCCGUUGAAUAAAGAAAUAUACCGAACGCCAGAGAGAGAGGUUCCCAAGCUGAACAGCCAUGGGCACAUUGCUCCAGAUCAAACUACUCAUCUAAUGUUAAGCCAUGACAAAGGGGGGUUUUGUGAUAAUAGUACAAUGCUUAUCAAUAUCGUGUAGAAUUAUUUUCUUACUUUGAUUUUUCCAGUCUUUAGCUAGCUAGUAGACUACAAUACAGUUGUCUGUGUAUAUGUGAAUCUCAGCUCCUACUCAGACGCAAAACGUAAGCCGUGGUCAGAAUAUAUAAAGCGCUAUUACCAAAGUCAGUUUAGAAAAAAAUAAAUUAUAACAGUUUGACUUCCACAUCCGUAAUAGAAAGUUCAUAUUUAUGUUGUUAGGGAAAAUACAAGACUGAAUGUGUUGUGCACAGGGAAGUGAAUUUUUUGUAAUAUUUUAUCUGAUGUGUGAAAUGAAUGUUCAAUAAAUUAAAGUUAACACAUAAGGA